UUUCCCAGCCAGAGGUGUUGCUGUAACAUUUCUGUUUUGUUUCCUUUGGCUGAAACUGUGGAGGGGGGCUGCUUGCUUCCCUGAGCUUCUCAGAACCGACUCGGUUUAGGGGAGGGACGGUCCCAGGCAGUGGAAGAGCCAUCAGUAACAUCAGAAAGGAAUAACUUUUCUCCUGGUGUGUGUUCUCCAGGGGCGUGGCUGCCAGGAGAUGGGCAGCUCCCUGACCCCGAUUGGAGCCUCCCAAUGUCUCAGGACAAAAGAGGGCUGGUCCCUCAGACACCAGUCAACAGGUGAAAUAUAUGGCAGGGCUUGAGAGGGAGAGGGGUCUGAGUGCUGGGCAGCACAGAGUGAGACAGUGCUCUCAUUCCUGUGGGUGAACCACAGCGCCUGAAAUUGACACUGACUGACUGGUCACUUCAGUCUCUGUGAGGGAGAAGUUAAAUUCCUGAUUCUGUUCUCUCUCUCUCUCUCUCUGUGUCCCGGGGAUGUCGCGGUGUGCAAGUGCGGACUCUCAAGCCGACUUCGCCCAGUUGCUGAGCGGGGAGCCGGCCCGGUUCCAGCAGACGGUGGACACACUCCUGCUGGAGCUGCACCAGGACAAGGAGAAGCUGGUCCGCUCCUUCCUGGAGGACCCCAGCAGGCAGCAGCUGCUGCUGGCUCUCUGCAGGUCCCUGACACCGGGGGAGGCACGUCUCUGCAGUAAUGUGGCAUACAUACUGGGCACAAUUGCGGAAAACGAGGUUGGUGCUCAGUGUUUGGUGACAUUGGCACAGGCUCAGCUGCUAGAAUCUGAUAAUCUCCUUGGCAACCUGAAUUCCAUGUUAAUGUGGACAGAUGCGGAAGCAGUGAUGAAUGCUGCUGGAACACUUUGCACCAUGGUUGAGACCAAUGAAGGCCGACAAUGGCUCCUGAGUGACACUCGCCUUGAGGCGGUACUGGUCAAUGUAACUGCUCUGCUGGACAGUAUAAAUGAGUGGACAGCCAGCAAUGCUGCCCUGGUCUUGGCGAGGAUUGCUAUCUGUGAGUCUGGCUGCAGGAAGCUCUUGCAGCAACCGAACUCCCGGCACAUGCUCCGCAAGCUAAUCGCGGCUUUGGGCGUGGACGAGGCAGGCUGCGGAACGAGUGUUGCCUUUGCACUCGGACGGAUCUGUGAGUUGGACAUAGGACGCAAGCAGAUCCUGGAAAUGGAGGAGGCUCCAAAUAUGAUCACAACCCUGGAGAAGAUGAUGGCAGACGGAGACACUGGAGGAAGCAAAAAUGCCUGCUUUGCACUGAGUUGCCUGGCAACGGACAAAGAUGGCCACGCUCAUAUCCUGAAGAACCCCAUCUUCCCAGAAAUACUCAACACCUUGUGCACCCUAUUGGAAUCCAAAGAGCAGGAGUCAGCUUGGUUCGCUGCCAUGACACUGAAAGUAUUAGGCAGCCAUCCAAAGGGAGUUGUGAAACUGAGAGAGCAUCCCAAAAUAUCAGCACUGUUAAAGACUGUGGCCUGCUCUCCCACCGCUGGCAAGGAGCUACUGGAGGAAGUGGACUUCACCCUGAGGAAGUUGCAGCCUCUUUCCAAGCCUUCUCCUCCCCGUGUCGACAUGCUUAAUAUCAAUUCAAUUGAAAUCACUUGGAGUCGCCUUAUACUGGACAGUGGGCUGGAGGUGACAUACAGCUUGUUUGAUGGUGAUAAACUCCUCUACAAAGGUCCUGACUGCAGUUAUGUUCUAGCAGAGGUCAAACUGUGCAAAGAGUAUGCUUUCAGACUCCAUGUCUCCACCGAGGGAGAUGAUGGUCUCUACAGUGAUGUUACCACAGUGACCGUUGAAGAGUCAGUGCCAAGCUGCCCAUUUGAUUUCCGGGUGAUAGGCUGCACUCCAACCCAGCUGAAGCUGGCAUGGAACCCACCAGCUGAGCCCAAUGGUAUCAUAAAAUGUUACAUGGUGUACAAAGGUGAUACUGUGAUUGAAACAACGUCGGAACGCAGCUGCAUAGUCAGUGGCCUCACGCCGUCUAAAUCCUACGUCUUCCACGUGUGUGCCUGCACAAGCAAAGGGAAAGGGGCCAAGUCCUGUCUCUCAGCGAGCACGGCUGAUCCUGGUGACCAUGCUCCCAGCAAGCUGACACUCAACGUCUUGGGGAGAAACGAGAUGUUCAUCACCUGGGACAUGCCUGAGGUGUCCCUCGGGCGCCUCUUCAACUUUGAGCUGUGUAUGAACGGAAGAGUGGUGUACCUGGGUCCAGACCGUUCCUUCACUGCAAGGCGUCUGACUGCAAACACUGAGUAUACCUGUACUGUCAGUGCCAUCACCAGCGAAGGGAAAUGUGAGAGCAAGCCCGUCAUGAAGAAGACGGCCAAGGACGAGUAUGAAAAUACAACUAGGUGUCUGUAUUCUCCUGCUCGGAUGAACCAGCCAAUUGCUUCAUCUUCAAUCAGAGAUGUUUCGGAACUAGCUGAACGGCUCAGGAGGACUAGAACUCAACCAGGAAUUUAUAAGGAACAGACCCCAGGCAAAACACCGAAAACUCACCAAACCUUGAGCAAAGGGAAUCGGAAAGGCAUCCAUAAGCAGCGUGAUAGCGACGUAAUGUCCAAAGCUGUUACACAACAAAAAUACCGAUGUUGAUUCUAACAUUUUCAGAAAUAAUUUUGUGCCACUGAACUGCUUUCUCAAUCCACGGGCAUUUAUUUCAUGUAGUUGUAUUAGCAAAUGUUGAUAUAAAGUGCAGCAGAAUAUGGUGCAGAAAGGGUCCUUUUUUACUUAGUGUCCUCGAUUUUUGUACAAAUGCUGCUGAACAGAGGCCUUGGCUCUGUAUGUAACGGUGGGCUCAGUUGUCUUCAGCAGACAAUGUAGAGCAUGAAUGUAGAAUAGUAGCUACUUAAUAUGACGAUGGUUGCCAUGAGCAGUUUUGCGGUCAAUAUAAGCGGGAUUGAUGCUGCUCUUACAUACAUUUCCCUGUCUUAAAGGAAAGUUACAACAUCUUGAGGUUAGUGUUCCAGAUUUUCAACAUGGUUUUCCCUCUGUCAAGUCACUUCAACACACAUCUCUCAACGAGGUAUCAACAUUGUCAGAUUAUUUGGCACUGCGGGAAAUGAAAGGAAAGGUUCUCUCCAUUCUCAGGAAUCGAGAAUCUUUCUCCAUGAGCCAACCUUUCUAACGUUGGUUAUGGCUAAUCUUGACUUCAAAGUGGAAGGAGAAGUUGGAAAUAUUAUACGUGGCUGGGGUUAACCACUACAUGGGGCAAAAACCAAACAUUAGAUUUAAUUUAAUGUUAGAUUUAACACGUUAGCACGGCACAGUGGUUCAGUGGUUUGCACUGCUGCCUCAGGGACCCGGGUUUGAUUCCCACCUUGGGCGACUGUCU